AUAUACAAAUAAAUAUUUAUAUAUUCAAUUAUUCAAAUACGCAUAUAUAUGUAUACAUAUACACUCACACUCUAUGAAUGAAAUAAAAAAUUAAAUACUUGGACGGAUGACUUAGAUAGAUAUUUAACAACAUUGAUAAAUAGCUAGCUAGAGGACUGUACCUAGACACAUGUAAGAAAGGGAGUAUUGAUUGAGGGGGUGAAUGUCUGCUGCUAGAAUGUUAAGCCUGGCACGCCGUUUCUAGAGGGCUGAACGCUUCCACACCACCAGUCGAUCUGUAUAUUAUUGGGUCCAAGAUCCAAGAAUUUAAAAGAUGGAUGAAUCAGAGUUGGAGAUUAGAUCUCAAGAUGAAGUUUGUGACCUUUCUUCAUGGCACAGUAAUUCCAAAAAGCACUCUUCGGCUUUCAUGCACAUCAAUGCAUUUGCAGAAGCAACUCGAGCCUGCAAUUCUGAUCUCGAUGCUGACCAAGAAAUGGUGCAGCACUGUAGCAUAUGUGGUAAAGGAUUUUACCAUGUUCAUGAUUUACGGGACCACGAACUUACCCAUAUUGGCAGCACCAGCACCAAAUGCAGCAGCAGUAGUAGCAAUAGCAGUUGCAAUGUCAACACUAACAACAGUAGCUGUAGCAACAACAAUAGUAACAGCAAUGACAGCAAGAACUUUCUCUUUAACAAGGCAUCAGAAGUUGAGUGCAAUGGCAAGCUGGGCUCCCCUUGCAAUUUGUGUAUGAAUCAGGAGUACAGCAUGUCAGACAACAAUGGCAAAUGUUUAUCUGAUUGUGAUAUCUGUGAUGAAGAAGGAAGUAGUGAAGGCCGCACAAGACGACUCUUGUCAAUGGAUGCUGAAGCGUCACCAGAUAGUUGCCAUGGCAUGACCCAUUUUGACUGUGACUUAUGUGGAGAGCGAUUCAAACUGCGUGGGAGUAUGCUUCGACACCGGCAGACACACAUCACACACCGACCUUUUUCUUGUCCUAUAUGUGGCAAAAUGUUCACACUUCGUGGUAACAUGAAAAAGCACCAAGCUAUUCACGAAGGCCUGAAACCUUUCCAUUGCAACGUGUGUGGACGACGAUUUGGUCUUCGUGGUAACCUGCGACAGCACCAGGUGGUGCACACUGGAGUUAAACCUUUCGACUGUGCCAUAUGUGGUCGCCAGUUUUCUCUACGUGGAAACAUGGAAAAACACAAGCGAAUACACUCUUACUAAUUUGUUUUGGUUCAAAUAGACUCGGUUUAUCAUCAGGUAAAGCAGGUAGGUAGCAAUGCCAUGGUCUAUUUACACUUUCCUAACCUGUUAGCAUGAACACAUGAACAGACAUUUCACUGUUUCAUCCAUAUGAGCCUUGGCACAGGGAACAAGGACAGUCUUUGACAUUUAGUCCACUGACAGUGUUUCCCUCUACUCCGUGUAUGAGGAAAGACUUCUACACCAAGAACAGAAACAGCUUCACCUGUAAUUUUAUGUACAGAUACAGUCUUCUUUCACUUCAGUCAGUCAACCCACCAUUUUAUAAACUGCAAUUCUAUCAACAAAAACAGCUAUCUGCUGUUCUAUGUAAUAUUAUCAACUUCUGUCAUAGUCUGGAGACACAAUUAUGCACCAUCUUCUAUCUUUCUAUAACAAAUAGAUUCCUACUUUCAUCUUAUCUGUCUAUUUUUUCUUCUUUUCUUCUCUUUUUCUUUUCUUUUUCUAUUUUCUUCUUUCUGUUCUUUUGAUCUCUUCUUUCUUCUGUUUUUUUUCCCUAAUGUCUCCAGUCCCUGUGUUCUCAAUCUACUUAUCACAUGCACCAGGCCUCAACUGUUGAGGUUAGCCUUUAUGAGUACCCUAUGACAUUCUGUGGGUUAGGGUUAAGGAUAAGGUUGUCUUACAAAACAUUGUUUACAUUGAUAUUUGCUAUAACAAUCUAUCCAAAACAUUUGUCACAGAUAAAAUGGCCCCACUUAAUGUAAAAAUCAUUUCUGAAUUCUCUCCUUACCAAUGUCUAUGUAAAGAGACAGUCAUCAUUAACUAGUCUGCAGAAACAAAACGGUCUCUUAUUCUUACGUAUAUAAGAUAGGUUGCCCACCCAACACCUUCCAUUUUAUGUAUAGGGCAAUUUCUUAUUUAUUGACAAACAGGUACAAUCUAUUGAUUUUUAAACAGACAGUGCCCUUUCACUUUUGUACAAUGACAAUUUUAUAUCAUUUUGUACACAGAGAUGUACAUGAAUACACCCCCCUACUCCCCCACUCUAUAUAUACAUACCUACAUUAAUGUUUGCUUUUAUGUCCAGUUAUGUAUAAGAAGCAAUUUAACAGUGUGUAAAAUGUUAAUGUCUAAAGAAGGCUAGCGAGCUGAAGUUUCAGAAUCACUGUCACCCCUCUAAUUGUAAAAGUUUAAUAAACACACACGCACAUGCACACGCACACACACACACACACAAAUAUAUAUAAAUAACAAGGCACUGUAAAGCACAAUAUGUAACCAAAGAUUGGGUUCCGUAGGGAGUUUCACAUUCCACUCCUGUAUCCAGAGUGGUACAAUGCAGAGCAUCAAUUUCAGGAUAGACUAGUGGUACAGAAUAUGAACCAAAUAAUAGAUAUAAUAAGUUUAGGCAACAGAGGCAGUAUUAAUACUGAGAAGUAAUAUUUAUCCCCACUUAAAAGUGGAUGUUCUGUUAGAACAAAUUAUA